CUCGCGCAAACCGCCUUUCCCGCAUUGCAUCACCUCUCACAUCCACCUGAAAAACGACAUUGUCAACGAAGUUUCGACGAACAACUUACCCGCCACAUCCAGCAGCCUUUAGAGGGAUUCAUCUCUUCUAGUACAUCUCCCCAUCGUCACUUAGACUAAGUCAUACAGUAUUCACGAAAUCGCAAUGGAGCAGCAAUUGCCGCUACGGGCGCUUUCCGAAGCCCAGGGGCAACAGCAAUCAUCACCAGAGCUUCGGCCCACGCUUUCACGAUCAUCGAGCAGCCGCUCGCGCAAGUCGAACCUUUCCCUAGAUCUCUCGAACCUGCCGCCCCUCAUCAAGCCCACCCCGCCCUGCAACACUCUGAUUUUCACCAACCUGCAAUCACGCGACAUCUUCGCCCCGGACAACCUGCAGAGGAUCCGCGACCUCAUCUCGCAAAAGGCCCGCAUCCACGCCUUCUCCCCGUUAAAAUCUCUCAACCGCAUCAUCGUCUCUUUCUACAGCGACGAGGACGCCAUCGCUGUGCGCCAGGACUGGGACGGCGAGAACAUCAUGGGCGACCGCUGCCGCGUCUACUUUGGCCAGCCGACGCCGCUCAAGACCCAACAAGACACGCACCUCGCCCUGCCCGAUGCAGGCAAGCUCUUCUUCAUCUCCCCGCCACCUAGCCCGCCGCACGGCUGGGAGCAGAAGAUGGAGGACGCACCGAACAAGAUGGUGCAUGCCGAGGACCUGGCCGAGGCGCUCGCUAAGCUGAGGCACCACCACAACAACGCCGAUUCGACGGGCGGCAUGAUGGCGUCGCCAGUGUCGCCCGCCGAGAGCGGUACGGGGCCGCAGCGGAGCCGCAGCUCGACGCUGGUGUUCCAGCCCAACCCGGAGCUCGGCGCCAGCCCGGACCUGCCGUGUGUCAUUAUUCAUGACAUGACGGACGAGCCCGACGAGAUGAGCCCGAUUGGAGUGACGGCGCCGAAGCCCAUCAUGGCGCAUACGGCGCGGCCUCCGGUCGAGUUGAUGCACGACGCUUGAGGGGUCAAUGGUAGCGCUCUCCGGGAUUUUUCUUUUCCUUGUACUUUACGUUCCAUCCCUCUGUGUUCUACAUUUCUACGUCGUCUGCUACUGAGUCUGGUUAGGGUACUGUGCGAGCAUUGAUUAGGGCUUAAGGAGCAUCAUGGGCGGCGUUGGGUGCCAGGCGCGACAGGAAAGCCUUCACGAGUGUCGCAGGAUUCUACGACGGGUUUUGGUUAUGCGGCUAAAAUGCAUUUCCAUUUUGCAUUCUCCAACGAGUGCAUGGAGCAGAUAGGUAGCUCUAGUAUGAGGCUGCUGAUAAUGCUGUCCUCGGUUGUGACUGGGUAUUUCAUUCAUUCACCUCAAACGGUCCCAGCUUAACAUCGAGUACUAGCCCAUCCCAUUUAACUGCACCGGCCUCCCUCCCUCGCCCAUGUUCCUUGUUCU